UCAGUAGUCAUAUGGUCUGAGAAAUGAAAACAAAUUAAACAAUUAUAAACAAAUUAAUAGAAAUUCAACAUCAACAUGUCCGAAAAACCAACUACAUCUGAUCUCCCGACAAAAUCUGCCAGUGAAUAUCAAACAGAUCCCGAAAGCAAAUCAGAACCUCCAUUGUUUCCUCCAACAAAACCAGGUAAAAAACCUAAUUAUGGCACUAAUAAUACUUUGGAACUAUUGGAACAAAUUCCCAGCAAGGUGGUAGAAAUGAAAUUAGAUGAUGUUUUGACUGCAGUAAAAGAUGUUGAUAAUCUAUGUGAUUUUGGUCGUUGUAAAACCAAAACCAGUCUAAUGGGUCAAAAUUGUGAUUAUUGUCACAAGAGAUUUUGCUUUAAACAUGGCCUACCCGAGGUUCAUGGUUGUGGUGAAGCUGCCAAGAAAAAUGAACGAAAACAGUUUUUACAUCCUAAACCGGUUAAGACAAUAAGACAAGAGGAAGACUUGGAAAAGGCCAAAAAGAAGCUACAAUCUAAACUUAAAGAUAUGCAAGUUGGAAGAAUGCAAAAAACAGGAGGCGGCGGUGGUGCUGAUGGUGCCAGUAAAAGUAGUGGCGGUAGGAAAAAGAAGGCAAAAUAAAGCAGUUGUAGAUUGAUGAUUAAUAAAACAAUUUCAAUGUAUGUUUUAAGGUAA